AAAACCCUGACGUUCCCCGGUGUGCAAGACAGUCCCUGGCAGCCACCUGUUGUGUCUGUCCAUCACCAGCUCUCUGCACCCUCCGUCUACCGUCACAGACAUGCGGGUGGUGCAGGGCUGUGUGUUGAUAACUGUAUUUGUCGUGCCCGCCCUCAACCUCGUCUCGGCCGCCCAUUCCACGCCCAUCAGCGCCCCCUUGGACUGGCGACGCCAAUACUCCCCACGCCCACUGCAGGAGGAUGGUGUCGUCGAGUACUCCGAAAGGCGCGCUGAGCAGUUCUCGCUGGGCAGUGCCAAGCAGUUUCCUUUAGAGGGUAGCGAGUACUUUGCGAGUGCCACAGACUUCCCGAGUGUCGCGAGGGAGAGGCACUCACUCUCUUCGGCAAUCGGCACCCGACACCUCGGUUCCUCGCAGUUUUCACGGGGGUUCCUGGAUCCUCCGAGAAGGUUGGCCAGCGUAGGUGUCAUUGGGGCUCCUGAUGACGGUUCCAAAGCUGAGCUAUGCUGGGGAUUCCCCUUCAUGUGUCCCGCUCCAUCGGAACAGUUCGCGCUCCAUCUCCCGCCCGCAGGAGGAGAGUCACGAGGGCGCCGGACCCAAGCAUCGCGCCCACUGCAAGGAGACCGCCCACGCCCUGCUAAGCGCUACCUUGGUAUUGAACUGCCCGACUACAUCGCCACGAAGCACACCGCACUCAGGGCUACCAACUCACACUACCUCGCCAGGAUCAACCAGCUCAAACAACGCAUGCGCCACGUCGGUAAAUAAACAGCUGUAGACGGGACGCUAAACACGUGUUUUCCUUGUGCUUAUUGGUAGUUUUGUUUUGGUUGGAGUCUUCGUGGUGCCGGAGGAAUCUGUUAUGCUAAGUAUCCGGUUAACGUGCGUUGGUAUUGGUAGGGCACAAAGGCGUAAACUUACGUAUUCAAAACAUGUGCAAUUAGGAGUCUGAGCACAUGGGGUGUACCCGUAGACUUGUUGUAAUGUAGUGUAUGAAAGGAUGAGAUACUUUUAAGAUAUUAAGUCAUGUGUGACGAAAUUAUAUUAUGUAAAUGCAGUGCGAAAUCAAGAGCACGUUUUAAAAUUUUCCUACUAUCAAACUUCAGAAUCACUUUAAUUAAACAAAUCUUGUAAAACAAUAAAUUCUAUAUCUAAUCAUCAUUUACGUAAAACUAAUCAUUGUAAAAGUAAAACAAGAGUAAAAAAUACAACGGUUGUAAAAAAAAAAAAAAAUCGAUCUCGUGAAUUCCUUCAGUCAAAUUCUUGGUAUUUCCCCUUGUGCUAAAAAUAAGUAUGAAUUCACCAAACACUGAUGCAGCUUACCACGCGCAGGUACAUCCUAUCACGUAUUCUCCCUAACAAUUUUGUACAGCAUUACUUUUUCUUUCAUUCUUUCUGGCCCCGUAAAGACUUUUCCCAGCAAUAGAUGUUGUGAAAACUUGUACGAAUUAGGCCAUCCGGUAUAGCUGGGGCUGGCACACCCCCUGGCCUAUUUCCGUUGAGAGUUUCAAUGUUUACUUUAUUUUUUCUUUCAAGAUGUUGAAGCCAUGGAAAAUAAUUCGUAUGCUUUUUCAUUCAUUUAUUGAAAUAAGUACUUCAAAGUAUAAUCCUUUUGUAAGGUUAAGAAAUCGGAUAUAUACUUCGAAUAGAUUUCCUCCUUCCGUUCAGUGAGAAAAGAGGAUGUCUGUUUUACAAUGUAGGUGGAUUUGUAUCAUUCCCUUCUGAAGGCAAGAGCGAGAAAGGAGAGGAAACGUUGACGGUGUUCUCUGCAAU